ACAAGACAAUCAAAGAGAUAGCUCUGAUCUGGAACGAUAAGAAAACUACUUAAAUCACCUCCUUAGUCAAUUCCUUUAUCAAUUAUUUACGCUGGUCUCAGGAAAACAUGAAAUACUUGGCGCUAUCUCUUUUAGUUCUUGUUUCAGUGUACAGUGUUUCUGCCAAUCAGAAAUGUACAGGCUCGCCAAGAAGGUAUAAAGGGAAGUCAUGCGCUUCAACUACCAACUACCACGAUUCUCACAAGGGAGCAUGUGGCUGUGGACCCGCAAGUGGAGACAAUCAAUUUGGAUGGAACGCUGGAAGUUUUGUUGCAGCUGCUAGUCAGCUUUAUUUCGACGGCGGUCAUAAAGGAUGGUGUGGAGAGCACUGUGGCCAAUGCAUAAAACUUACAACAACAGGUGGAUAUGUUCCAGGCCAGGGAGGGCCUGUUGCCGAAGGACUCUCUAAAACCUUCAUGAUCACAAAUCUGUGUCCAAACAUAUAUCCAAAUCAAGAUUGGUGCAGUCAAGGGUCACAGUUCGGUGGUCACAACAAAUACGGAUACGAGCUUCAUCUUGAUUUAGAAAAUGGAAGAAACCAAGUACGAGGAAUGGGAUGGAACAACCCCGAAACAACUUGGGAGGUGGUCAAUUGUAAUAAUGAGCACAGACAUGAUGGAAGGACGCCAAGUUAUGGAUUGUGGGGACAAUGUCAAUGUGCUCAUCAAGGCAAACGGGGUCUUAACGAAACAGAUAAUGGAUCUUUAUAAAGGCUUCAUCUGAUUACAAUUUCAAAAUUGAUCAACGAAAUAAAUAAAGAAUAACAUUUAGUUCUCAAUCUA